AAGACCAAACCUCCACGAGUAAAAACAAAUCCUCUUCCAAAGCAAAAACCAAAACGCAGAAGGAAAAGUCAUACUCUCUCCAUCUCAUAUUCCUCUCUCAGUUUCUCGCCCAACUCCAGGGUUUUCUUUUUCGAUCAAUGACGGGGGAAUUGCAGCUAGAGCCAGCAGGUGCACGAAACCCUAGUGACUCUGAUCCUCUGUUAGAAAACCAGGCCGAUUCGUUAUCCUCUGCGAGUUCAAGUGAGAUUAGGAGUGAAGAUAUUGAGAAUGUUUCUGCUCCUUGUUGUCGCAUCUGCCUCGAAUGUGAUGGCGAAGAAGAUGAUGAACUGAUAUCUCCAUGCAUGUGCAAAGGCACCCAGCAGUUUGUUCAUCGUUCCUGCCUUGAUCAUUGGCGUUCGGUAAAGGAAGGAUUUGCUUUCUCCCAUUGCACAACUUGCAAAGCGCAGUUUCACCUUCGAGUUGAAUUGUUUGAGGACAACUCUUGGCGUAAAAUAAAAUUCAGACUUUUUGUGGCAAGAGAUGUGUUUCUUGUGUUCUUGGCUGUACAAACUCUAAUUGCUGCUAUGGGAGGCUUUGCAUAUGUCAUGGACAAAGAUGGGGCUUUUCGGAAAUCAUUCAGUGAUGGUUGGGAUCGCAUACUGUCAAAACAUCCUAUACCAUUUUAUUAUUGCAUAGGUAAAUUUCCCUAAUUCUCUGUUUUUUUUCUCUAUUGUUUAAAUAUUUUCUGCAUUAACCACACUGUUCAACAUUCCUGUCUGCAUUGUUAUAGUUUAGUACAUGAUUUUGGCAGCAUAUGCCAAUUUCCGUU